UGCAUAAAGCUAGUAUUCUUAAUGCAUGCUAGUGAAGGCCCCAAAAAUACUCCAAAAAAUACCCAUCAUUUUGCCUGAUCCAUCUACUCGUUAACCCGUUAACCCAUUUACCCACUUCAGCUUUUCUUGCAAAUUCAGUCACCUUAUCUUUAACUCACCAGUUCAAAUUUUUCAAAUUAAGAACCACCGGUUAUGGACACGACGUAUGUAGUGAAUGUAUUCAUGGACGGCGAUGAAAUCUGUCACAAUAUGUACAAGCCGCAGGUACAGUUUUUGCCCGAUUACCAAUCUGCUUUUCAAAAUUAAAAACGGGCGUCAUCUCAGCCAAAACUCACUCCUAUGCGUUGAUCGGGAGCGCCUGUUCUAUUGAGAUGGCAGCGUCGUGAGAUCGAAGCUUGGUUCUGUCGAAGGCUACGAAAGCGCUGGAGCGAAAUCAAUUCACAUUGAAAGAAAAUCCAACAGCUUGGUGGUUUUGUCGGAUUGGGCCGGAUAGGAUUAAGGCUUUGGUUAGUUUGAGUGUUAUGUUCUCGCCCAGGAAUCCCACUAGGAGGCCUUUGCAAUCUCUGCGUGCUGCUUUUGGUGAUGAUUACUUCAUGUGCAGGUUUCAGGUGAUCUCUUUUUUUCUUUGUUAUUCGUUUCGGAACUUUUCGAUUUGCAUGUUGGCUUUGUGUGUGCUGUGUACAGUCUUGAUAUCUAAUUGGAUUAGUUGGUUUGAUGUGAUGAUGUUAUUUUGUUUGUUUACAGUGGUUAGGAUAGUUUCACUAUAAGUCAGCAAUAUUGAAGUUUAAAGACAUAAAGUAUUUGUUUCAUAUCUAUUAGAUAUUGCCUGCUAUUUUUUGCUUUAGUGAGGAGGUGAAUCUGCUAAUAAACUUACGAAAGGUGUUCAUCACAAGGAUUACAGAAGGUGUUCAUCACAAAGAUUGAAGAUGAAGAGGUGACUACAUAUAAAUUCCCAGGUUACAUAAGAACUUUUCUUGGCAUUUAAGAUAAAAAUAUUUCUAAAAACUCUUAGCAAUCAUGGUCUAUUAAUUUUUGAUUGGGGGGCAAUAGUUGACUUAAAUAUAUUAAGCUGACUUAAUUCCAAGGUCUAACUGCAUGCUUGGCCUCCAGGCUCUCCUUAAUGUAUCCGCCUCUUCAAGAAACUUUACACAUCGAGAUAAUGCCAAUAAAAUAUAAAAUUUACUGAAUGAUUAUAUGUUGUAAAACAUGAGUUCUUCUCUUGCAUCCGCCUGUUCUACGUUUUGACAUAUCUUGCAGACCAUGCUUCAGGAGAUACGUUGCGCUUUCGUGUUAUGGACAUGAACAUGUGACCAAUAUAUGCUCAGAAGUCCACAAAUACGGGUUGUUGUUAACAUCAUCAGAGUCAGGAAUCAAGCGAGCACACAAUGGCAGGAAAAGGGUCAACGGCAUGUGUCGUGUUAUGAUGUUGACAUAAUGUUUCAAGGAAUGAAGCGUGAUAUUGAUACAGUUUCAGAGAAUGAAUCAACAGGAUCAAAGAAACGCGUUGGUCGCGCAGCACUGAAUGAGUUUUUGGAAAAUAGACUUAAGAAUAUGCAGGAUGUCAACACAAAUUCAACAAUGGGUUCUGCAUAUACAGAAUCUUAAGUUUUGAUUAUAUCUUACAUUAUUUAAUAUUUUGCGAGUGAUUAUUUUAUAUUAUCAAAUUUUAUCAAUUUGCUUUCGAAGUGUUUGAUAAGAAUCCUGACAUAGCCCGCAAGGGUUGGUUCAGCUGGUUAAAGAGAGGACAUGUAUCCUCUUGGUCACAGGUUCGACUUCCGAAGGGAGCAGAAUUUGUGAUUAUGCCUCCUGGAUCAGAACCUGUCGCGCUUAGGUGCGGUUUACCUUGGUUCACGUAGUUUGCAGGCUAUUGCGUGAGCUCGUGGGUUUACCCAGUGCGCACCCGAAGGGUAGCGGCUGGGGGUUCCUACGUUAAAAAAAAAAAAAGGAAUCCUGACAUAUAUUUUUGUUUCCUUUACAAAUUUAAUGUUUUACACGGUUAGUUUGGAUCAUAUGUGUGCAAGAGGCCGGAGAAUUGUAUGUUUGCACUGAAAUUUUUAUUUUCACGAUUGAUAUAAAUCAUUAACUUUUUAAUUCUUGGCGUAAUGUUUGUUAUUUUCAUGCUUAGGAGGAGUCACAUCUAAUGCCUGAGGAUAUGGAAGUCCUGUGUGUUGGGGGGUCAUUAUCCCAAUAAAGCAGGAUGAUGUUGCCCAAGUUCUGUUGGAGAGGUUUAAAUUGUUGCUACUUUUCUUCCCUCAAAUAUUCUGGAGAAGUUCUAUGACUGCUUUUGCAAAAAACACUUACGGCCUGUCUUUCAUUAUAUGCUGCCAUAUACUGCUGAUCAUGUUAACAGGUUUGAUCGUUCGAUGUGGGAAGCCUAUGUAGCAGCAAAUAAGUUGCUCUCAUAGAAAGUGAUUGAGGUGAUAAAUCCAGAAGAUGUUUUUCUUUGGAUUCAUGAUUAUCAUUUAAUGGUGUUGCCAACUUUCCUAAGGCGUCGAUUCAACAGAUUGAGGAUGGGUUUUUUUCUUCAUAGCCCUUACCCUUCUUUUGAGAUUUAUAGGACUCUUCCUGUUAGAGAAUAAAUUCUAAAGGCUCUACUCAACGCUGAUCAUAUUGGUUUCCAUACUUUUGAUUAUGCUUGGCAUUUCCUUUCCUGUUGCAGUAGGAUGUUAGGUUUGGAAUAUCAAUCGAAGAGGGGCUACAUAGGAUUAGAAUAUUUUGGAAGGACGGUUGGUAUAAAGAUAAUGCCAGUUGGGAUGGGCCAGAUUGAGUCAGUAAUGAAACUUGCUGAUAAAGAGUGGAGGGUUGGGGAUCUCAGGCAGAGAUUUGAGGGGAAGACGGUGUUACUCGGAGUAAAUGACAUGGAUGUUUUCAAAGGAAUUAACUUGAAGCUCUUAGCAAUGGAACAGAUGCUCAAACAGCACCUGCAUGGCAAGGAAGGGCUGUGCGGGUCCAAAUUGCCAAUCCUGCAAGAGGUAAAGGAAUAGAUUUGGAGGAAACACGGGCUGAAAUACAAGAGAGCUUCAGGAGAAUCAAUGAAAAAUUUGGAAAGUCAGGGUACGAAACUAUACUUUUUAUUGACAAACCUUUGUCAGUUUGUGAAAAGGUUGCUUAUUACAGCAUUGCAGAAUGUGUUGUGGUCACUGCAGUCCGCGAUGGGAUGAACCUUACUCCAGCGGGUACAUGACAUCGAACUGAAUCCAGCUUUUGUUUUCGUCGGGGGGUAAGCAAAUGAUAUGGAUGCAUCUGGCCAGAAGAGACAUGUUGUUAACGAACAUCGAGUGCCUGGUGAUGUAAACAAUUCGCAUACUGCAUGUGCGGAAGUAAUGAUUUCGCCAAAAACGGCCUACCUACGCCAAGAAACUGUCCAAGGGAUUUCUUUAUUUUAUACUGGGUGCAGGCUCUUACCGCAAUGUGAUCCCUGACCUGGCUCACAGUUAUUGCAGUGGUCUCCUCUCAGGUGAUAACAUUUGCUGACAAAUGAAAGGCAGGAGGGGGAACAUUUGAGAAAGUUUCUACGGGUGGUUCACUACGUCUAAGUUUCCUGUUGCUCUGUCGGGGUUGAGCUUUCGGGCCAAGAUCUGAGCCUCCAGCAGGUCAAUGGUGGGAGCUGCAGACAAUGUCUUCAUAGACAUUGAUUAAAUGGAAGCUGCAUGGUCCGCAAGCCCCAGUUCCCUCACCUUCUGCGGUUUUAGUUUAAGUUGUUAUCUUUUGUUUUACGUUUAAGUAUCUAAAUUCAGGAUUCUGAAAGCUUGAUUAGCUUUUAUCCGGUGUAUGUUGUAAGGGCUCAGCCCUUUGUUGUUAUGGAGACCUCCUUAACAAUUUUAUCAAUAAAAUCUACUGCUUCAUUAAAAAAAAUAUAAUUUUUUCAAAAUUA